CGACGUGCAUCCUCUUCUGUACUUUGAGUCGUGACAGUCGGAUCAGCCAAUCACUGAGCUCCGUGCAAUGAAACUAUCCAAUCACAGGUCUCUGUUUGGUCGUUUCUUCCUGGUUCUGUCCCGUUAUCAUCCAACACUGUGCAACUCCAGCGCCUUCUCUGCCUGCCCGCUCGGAAGAGAGACAGCACCGUCCUUGCACACAGUUAGGCCCGAAAGAUCCAGAACCAUGUCUAUUCUGAAGGUUCACGCUCGUGAGAUUUUCGACUCCCGUGGCAACCCCACUGUGGAGGUUGAUCUCUAUACCAAGAAAGGUGUUUUCAGGGCUGCAGUGCCUAGUGGUGCUUCCACCGGCAUCUAUGAGGCCUUGGAGCUGCGUGACAAUGACAAAACACGCUACAUGGGCAAAGGGGUCAAAAGGGCAGUUAAAUAUGUAAAUGAGUUCUUGGCCCCUGCUUUGUGUAAUCAGAAUGUGAGUGUUCUGGAGCAGGAGAAGAUUGACCAGCUGAUGUUGGACAUGGAUGGAACAGAAAACAAAUCCAAGUUUGGUGCUAAUGCCAUCCUGGGAGUGUCCCUGGCUGUGUGCAAGGCUGGUGCAGCAGAGAAGGGCGUGCCUUUGUACCGCCACAUCGCUGACCUGGCCGGUAACCCUGAAGUCAUCCUCCCAGUCCCUGCUUUCAAUGUCAUCAACGGAGGUUCUCAUGCAGGCAACAAGCUGGCUAUGCAGGAGUUUAUGAUCCUGCCUGUGGGAGCCAGCUGCUUCAAAGAGGCCAUGCGCAUUGGUGCUGAAGUCUACCACAACCUCAAGAAUGUCAUCAAGGAGAAAUAUGGAAAGGAUGCCACCAAUGUCGGAGAUGAGGGUGGCUUUGCUCCAAAUAUUCUGGAGAACAAAGAAGCCCUAGAGCUGCUGAAGAAUGCCAUAGCCAAGGCUGGCUACACUGAAAAGAUUGUGAUUGGCAUGGAUGUGGCUGCCUCUGAGUUUUACAAAGGUGGAAAGUAUGACCUGGACUUCAAGUCACCGGACGACCCUAGCCGCUACAUCAGCCCUGACCAACUGGCGGACCUGUACAAGAGCUUUGUCAAAGAUUAUCCAGUGGUAUCCAUUGAGGAUCCAUUUGACCAGGAUGACUGGGAGGCAUGGAGCAAAUUCACCGCCACAACCAGUAUUCAGGUUGUGGGCGACGACCUGACUGUUACCAACCCCAAGCGUAUUGCUAAGGCUGUGGCCGAUAAGGCCUGCAACUGCCUGCUGCUCAAAGUGAACCAGAUCGGCUCUGUCACAGAGUCUCUGCAGGCCUGCAAGAUGGCUCAGAGCAAUGGCUGGGGUGUGAUGGUCAGCCACCGCUCUGGAGAGACAGAGGACACUUUUAUUGCUGAUCUGGUUGUUGGUCUCUGCACCGGACAGAUCAAGACAGGAGCACCUUGCCGAUCUGAACGUUUGGCCAAGUACAAUCAGCUGCUUAGGAUUGAAGAGGAACUUGGAGACAAGGCCCGUUUUGCUGGCCAGAACUUCAGGCACCCCAUCUGAGCUGACAGUCUUCCUGACUGGGCCCCAGUGUGUUCAUUGCUCAUAAAUAAUCCCCACACAUAUACGCCACACUAGGUUGCCUGCCCCGUACAGAGAGAAGAAAGUGAAAAGAACACCACUUAAAUCUAAGGUCCAAGUCUGUGGUCUGUGGCGUAUAUAAGCAACAGAUGUCUUAGUACACCACAGCUCAGCUCAUCCCAAACUCUGCUUAAGCGCCUGAGUAGUUAUGUUCCUAUGUUUGUGUCUGUAUAACUGUGUGAGAGAUUUUUGUUGAGCUUUUCGUGAGUUCUAGUGAAUACUGCCUCUACUGAAUAUCUGAGCUACUGUAACUUUAGGGUGGCUCUGUCUCCAGUAGGAGUCAGAGUCAAGUUAUGUGCAGUGUGUUCCAUUCAAAAAGAUCUUGUGUUACUGUAAGCAUUGGCACUAUAUGUAUUAUUAAACAAUACAGUUUCAAA